UCUCUGAAAAUCGCUUCACCAUGAAGUUCCUAAUCUCGGCAUUUGUGCUUUUCGCCUUAUUGAUUACUUCAUGGAGUCUGAGUUCGAUUUCCGGACGGUUUUGAACACUUUACAGUUUCUGUUGAUAGAAACACAUUAGUAACCCAGUCUGGCAUUACAGUAUUUCUUUUACGAGCCACAGACUUAGUAGAGCAAUAAAUGGUUCCUGCUAUCUGGCGACUUUCUAUGUACUUCUCGGCUCCAUUGACCCGCUAGAUAAGCGAAAGCCAUUCCCCGUCGGCCGCUAUAUGUGCAUCCCUAUAAAGCGGGGACGUGGCCAUGUCCGUGCCACCAGAGUGGUGGAGUCUAAGUUGCGUUCAAGAUGAUCUGGCAGUAUCUGGGAGUUGCGCUGCUGCUGAGCCUCUGCGGGAGUGCUCCUGGAGUGCUGGCCAAGCCGGAGAGCUGUCGGCAGCCGCACUCGAUGGUGGGGAUGCCCCAGGACGGGGCAGCCUGCAUGGCCUUCAUGCCGGCCUGGACCUACGACGCCUCCAAGAACGCCUGCUCGGAGUUCGUCUUCGGCGGUUGUGGUGGAAACGCCAACCAGUUCUCCUCGAGGGACGAGUGCGAGAGGGCCUGCAAGGACUAGCCGACCGCCGAAACGAGUUCCCAUCGCGGGCAAAACCCAACGCCUAAACAAGCAUCUUUAGCCCCAAACACAAACAGCCGGCAAUCUUGUUUUGCAAAACGCAAAAUAAACUUUACUCAAAAUCAA